GCUGUUCGUGUCGUGCGCGUGCUUCGUGAACGAGCGGGUUUUGGUGGAAAAUGACCGUAGGGAGGCUUAAAUUUCAAGAUAAAUUCGCAUAAUUUCAUAAUUAAGUGCCUUUUAUCUUUAUUCAAUUUGAAUGACUUCCGUCGUUAAACCUUAGCACAAGUACCUUGGUGGGAAUUUGGAGACGCUGGAUGAUUUACGAGCCUUUUUUGACGGAUGUCGUGUUCGUAACGGACGAUUUCCAGGGACACACCGAUAACCGUUAGUUUUUCGGCCCUUUAGAGUCAAAAUGCCGCGGGGUAACAAAACUCCGCUCAUCCAAAAGAUAGCGAAACAGGCUUGCGUCACUUUCAAAGAGCUCAGGUCUUCGGCUAACUUCUCUGAUAAGCAGCAAGAGCUUCUGUCCUUAGUGACCGCGGUGAGGGCGGCGGACCUGAGGAUCAGCAGCAGACCCAGCAGCGGGGCGGCGGGCCAGCAGCAGAGCCCUCCGGUCACGUACAUGCACAUCUGUGAGACGGACCAGUUCAGUAUGGGCGUGUUUCUGCUGCGGAGUGGAGCCUCCAUACCGCUUCACGACCACCCGGACAUGAACGGCAUGCUCAAGGUUUUAUAUGGGAAGGUGAGGGUUCGCUGUUUCGAUAAACUGGAGGCUAACGCCACAAACAACUUGGUCAUACCUGAAUUCAAUCCUCCAUUGACUCCGCUCCAGACAGACAACCUUUGGCGCUCCGUUCUCCGAUCUGUGGCCGAGUACACAGAGAAUAGCGGGCCGUGCCUUCUCACUCCUCUGAGGGAUAACCUCCAUCAGAUCGACGCAGUGGGUGGGCCGGCAGCUUUCUUAGACAUCUUGGCUCCACCGUACAACCCAGAUGAUGGUCGGGACUGUCACUAUUACAGCAUCCUAAAAACUGUGGCAGAGAAGCAAACCUCAAACAAAGGAAAGAGCAGUGAGGAGCAUGGAGAGGAGAAGGAGGAAAACAAGGAGAUAUGGCUGCUGGAAAUCCCUCAGCCUGAGGACUUUGGGUGUGGGGGUGAACCAUACCCAGGCCCACUGGUCUCGAUCUGAGCGGUCACAGCAUCCUUUUACAUGUCUUUACAUUGUUAUCUAUCUACAACAUUAGACUGCGUGCUCAACAUAAGGAUCACCUGGAGGUGAUCAGCUCAAGGAUGCUACAGCAGAGCAGAAAUUUGAGGAGAAACAGGAUCUAUAAAGUGGGACAGCCCACACUGUCUGAAGACUACUCUCAUCAGCAGUAGUCAAAGAACAAACUUUUGAGAUCCACUCUUCAGAUAAGGAAAUAUUUUUCCUAGGACCAAUAUUUUGCCGUGGACAAUCACUGACAUCUUCAGAUGGAUGUUGUUAGUUUUGCAGGGCGUCUUCUGCAUUUCCUUCAGUGGACAUCAUUCCACAUUGUGUCCUUAUACCAAAGCCUGUAACUCGAAGUAGUAACUACUUUGUUGGUGAUUAUUGAAUGUAUACUUCCGAAAGGGAGGAAUCUGUAGUUUUUACCAACAGUGAUGUAGUGAAGUCCAACAACAGGACUGUCUGUUAAAAACUCCAACAUUUCUUCCUUUAUUGUGCCAUUUUUAUCAAUCACACUGCUUUCUUCUAGCAAAGUGCACAUACUACAUUAUAAUCUUUACUAUAUAUGUACAGUAUACUCAAGUUUUAUUUCCUGUGUUUAAUUUAUUCCAGAAGUUGGUUCAUGCACAGGUCUGGACUUCAAGGGAAUAGCUGAUGCUCAGCUCCGUUUACAUACUGUACCUGAUCCUGUUAUCAUUAUCCUAGUCAUUCCACCUGUAUGUAAACAGUGUCACAUUUGUGAUGUAGUUUGCUGCAUUACAUUUAAGACAGAAAGUACCUAGAACAUAGUUUUACAUUUCGUAAUGUUAUGAACCAAAACACUCUGACUUUCCUCACUACCUUUUUUCAUGUGUAUGAAUACAAACACACACACACCUCUAUACACUGUGUAUGACACUACACUCCUGUUAGACUCCACAUGUCCAUGUGCCAGUUUGUCAGCGAUUCUCUUUAUCUGAUGAUGAACGUAUGUCGAAAGAAUAAAGUUGACAGAAAGACUUUUUAAA